AUGGAUUCUUUUAACACGUUCGGUGUGAUUCUUUUUACAUUUGGCGGUCUUGCCGUUGCCAUCAACAUAUUUUUUUUUGCAGACACACUCCGUCACAUAUUAAAAAAUGCACCACGUGCUGUCAAAACUCAUUCCGCAUUUGUUUUAUCCGUAUAUCCGGUUGUAUCAAUAGCAACGUACUGUGCCGUAAUCGUUCCAAGAGCUCAACUAUUAGCCGAAGCUGUCACGCAGGGAAUGUUUAUGGCAAGUUUAUAUCAAUUGUUUUGCCUUUUUGUCGCUUAUUGCGGUGGUGAAGCCGAAUUGAUAACAAAUGCAAAACCAAAGUCACUCAAUAUGAAAGUGCCACCCUGUUGUUGUUAUCCAUGUUGUAAAUUACCACAAUUGACUGUCAAUAAGCUUUCCGUACUUCAACUUCCGGUCGUUCAAGGAUUAUUAUACAUGGUUCUUUUAGUCAUGUGGGCAAACGAAGAGGUACGUUAUCAACCACCACCACCUUUAAAUUACAUGUAUUUCCAACCAAUCGUUAUCACAUCCAUACUUAUAGGAGUUUGGGGAAUAAUAAUGACGAUGAAAAUGUUAGCAGAAACUCUAAAAGAUUAUCACAUGCAGUUCUUCACUCGUCUCCUAUUUGCUAAUUACAGGUUUAGUAGCGAAAUUGUCGUUUGGACGGGUGGUUUAACAUGUAAACCACCGAUAACAGCUUCCGUGUAUACAAAUCUCGUGUACAAUUCGAUAAUGUUAACACAAAUGGUUCUUUUGGGUUAUUUUGCAAGAACUUUGUACAAGAGAAAACUUCCGGCUAUAAAUACAACGUCAAAUAAUAUACAAAAUAGAAUAUGCGUCAUUGGUGAUUUAUCUAAAAUAAAUUCAUCAUCUUGUGAUCAAAAAGAUGGCGGAGUGGUUAGUGGAGGAGUGGUAAAUGCAUCUUUCGUACAUUAA